AUGGCGCCCCAGGUUCCGACUAUCGAGGUUCCCACGGAUGCUGAGCUGCUGCAGGCACAGGCUGACCUGUGGCGACACAGCCUCUACUACCUCGCGUCCAUGGGGCUCCGCUGCGCCGUCCAGCUCGGCAUCCCGACCGCCAUCCACAACCUCGGCGGGGUCACCUCGCUGCCCGACCUGCUCACCGCCUUGUCCCUGCCCCCUAGUAAACAGCCGUUCCUCGGCCGCCUAAUGCGUGUCCUCGUCACGUCUGGUAUCUUUGCUGCCAGUAACGACUCGGGCGUGGAGAUCUUCCGCCUGAACCCUCUGUCCCAGAUCCUGGUUGAUGGCGUCGUCGCCGACGACCACCACAUCCAGACAUCCUUCGUUCUGGCCGUGACAUCGCCGCACUACACUGAGGCCGCGCUGGGGCUAGCCAACUGGUUCAAGAAAGAGGUCGUGGGGCCGGUGCCGUCGCCGUUCGAGGACGUGCACGGCGCGGCGCUCUUAGACGAGAGCACGGCGCUCCUAGACAAGGAUCUCGACGCUCUAGUCAAUGAAGCUUUGGCCGCCCACGACAACCUGGGGAUCGGCGCGAUCAUGCGAGAGUGCCAUGGCCUCUUCAACGGGCUUGAGUCUCUCACCGACUGUUGCGGCGGCGAUGGGACGACGGCGAGGGCCAUCACCAAGGCCCAUCCGCACGUCAAGUGCACCGUGCUGGACCUUCCCAAGGUGAUCGACAAAGUUCAGUCGGAUGGCGUCGUCAACUAUGUUGCUGGUGACUUGUUCCACACCGUCCCAAAGUCUCAGGCCGUGAUGCUCAAGCUUGUGCUGCAUCACUGGAGCGACGAGGAUUGCGUCAAGAUCUUGGCUCAGUGUAGGAGUGCCAUUCCUUCACGUGAGGCGGGAGGGAAGUUGAUCAUCAUAGACAUUGUGGUUGAACCUUCUCUCGGACCAAUAAUGUUUGAGGCCCAGCUUCUGAUGGACUUGGCCAUGCUUGUGUACACAAGAGGCCGUCAGCGUAACAAAAAUGACUGGCAUGAACUCUUCAUGAAAGCAGGGUUCACUGACUACAAGAUUAUCAAGAAACUAGGAGCACGAGGUGUCUUCGAAGCUUUCCCGCAGAUCAAAUGCACCGUGCUCGACCUUCCGCGCGUCAUUGACAUUGUGCCAGCCGAUGGCGUGGUUAACUAUGUUGCCGGUGACAUGUUCAAUCUCGUCCCACCUGCUCAAGCUGUGUUGGUCAAGCUUGUUCUUCACCACUGGAGUGACGAGGACUGUGUCAAGAUCCUGGCUCAGUGCAAGAAGACCGUUCCCUCCCGAGAAGAGGGAGGGAAAGUGAUCGUCAUCGACAUAGUUGUAGAUCCUUCUUCAGGAUCAACACAUGAAGCCGAGCUCCUGAUGGACGUAGCCAUGAUGGUUUUGACCAAUGGCCGACAGCGCGACGAGUCUGACUGGAGCGAGAUUUUCACCAAAGCAGGAUACAGUGGCUAUAACAUUGUACAGAAACUAGGAGCUCGCGGCGUCUUUGAGGUCUAUCCAUGA